UUCUUGCGCCUUUCUCAAGUUCUCGGUUCGCGCGAAUCAAACAUGGCUUCUCGUAUGCGAAACAUGACUCGAUGAAAAUGAGCUGGAAUAAGCAAGUCGUCGUCGAUUUAACCGCGCGCAUGACACCGCACCGUACCAGAUCCGAUGUUGCUGAGCACAGCUAGUUUACUCUGUUGUUCAGUUUCGGUGCGAAUUACCUGUGCGGAGACACCAUGGCUGACGAGUGGAAACCCGACGCGGAGGACAAUCCGACGAUGCAACCGCCCGUCAGGGACCUGGGCUUUUGUCCGCAGAAGGAAAUAGCGUACAAUAAACUGCUGCCCUAUGCGGACGAGCUCGACGCUGAGUCGCGGAUCUUGCUCGCCGAGAUCAAGGAGAAUCUGGGUCGCGCGGUUAUGCUCCGUGAGAUCAGACCAGCGUGUUCUCUGUGGUCUAAUAAAUUAUACAAAUAUAUGUAUCUAUACGGGAUGAAGUUCAGUAAAGAAGACCAUAUAAUAUUUAUAAAAUUGAUGUACGAGCUGGUUACUAUACCGAAUCUGGACCCGGAACUUGUUAAUAGAUUCGGCUCUGCGUUGCUUUUGCUGUUGAAGAAAAAAGAGCUAAUUAGUCCCGACGAGUUGGAACUUCCGUGGAGGCCUUUGUACGAAUUGAUGCACCCUCUGAAGAGAAACUCGGUGGUCGCGUUAGGAAUACACCGUUAUCCACCGUGGGUUAAGAAUAUAUUGCGUUGCCUGAUCCGUGCUGCGAAGACUUAUUUUCCCUUGAGCACCACGCAAGAGAUACUAGACGAAUUAAGACCGAUGUUCUGUCCGCUCGAUGGAUCGACAAUGUACGCGAGCCUUCAGACUUUAGAGACUUUUUUACCGUUGCAAUUACCUCCCGAGCGUCAUUCCGUCGGACAUCGCCUGUGGUUCGAAGAGUUCAUAACUAUGUGGCGGGUGUGUCACAAUGCGCCGGCGUGGGAGAACGAUAUGAUGUGGCUGAUGGCGAAAUUGGCGACCUACAAUAUCGGAUAUAUCGACUGGGAGCCGCAUUUCCCGUUGAUGUUCACCAGAUUCGUGCGGUGUUUGAAUCUGCCGGUGACGUACAAGCAGACGCAAGCCGGCAGAGUCCACAAGAUGGAAAUCACGCCGAUAGCUAUGUGGAUAGUAGCGGUUCUGGGAAACGGCUCGAGUGCGCAAAUGUACUUGGAGAAGUUUCUGAAAACCAUCGAAACAUAUUUUUACCCGGCGAACUUUGGACGGUGGGUAGGAAAGUUGAAGGAACUUCUCAUCAAACUACCAUAUUACAUUAUCUUACGCUUACAUAGAGAGAGAUACGCCAAGCCGACGUGGGAAACUCCGAUUCCUGAUAAUUACAAAUUGACCGACGGUGACGUCGAUGCCUUCGUGAAAAGCAUGAUGCCAUUAGCCAUGACAGCUAUGUUCAGCAAGUUCGGUGUGAACGACGCCUGCCACGCUCUACAGCACCUCGCUACUAUGAGGCCAAACUUAGUAAUACCGGAUGUGCUGGAACGAAUGUACUCUACGCUCGAUUCCCUUACCGAGCCCCAUAAACUUACAGCCUCAAUGAUCUGCAUGGUGGCCGUUGCCAGACCGAUGGUGCAAGGUUCUAGAAAUAUAAACAAAGGUUACACGUACCCGGAGGGGCCGACUCACGUGUUGCCGCUGCUGUUCUCGUCUUUGCCCGGUAUCGAUCCGAACGACAUCGGCAAGUGCUUCGCCACGUUCCGCUUGAUCUCGGUUUACGCGACGAUGAUACCGAUCGUCGAUUCCUCGAGGUCGACGGCGAGCAUGACCGAGGAGGAGCGGAUGAUCUGCGAGGCUACGUCGCGCUUCGAGGACUUCAUACUGCAGUUCCUGGACCGGGUGUUCAUGUUCAUCGACUCGAGCUCGUUGGAGUACGUGCGGCUUGAGGGCCGCGGCAACAGCUUGAAGAGCAAGCUCGAGUCCGUGGCGGAGACGGCGCUUUACGGUGUCUGCACGACCCUCCUGAUCGAGACCAGCGGCACCAUCUUCGAGAGCGCCCUGCACAAGCUGCGCACCUUCAUCACGGAACGGAUCCUCGAGACGAAGGUGGCCGGCCAGCUGGCCGCCGUCGUGUGCAAAAGUUUCUCCCGCUUCAACGGACGCGACACGCUGCGAGCGUUGGUGCCGGUGCUCGCGCAAACGAUUCUACCCGCGGUCGGCGAGGGCGAGGAUGUGCUCAAGGAAGAGAAUCUGGACCAUCGGCUUCUGCACGCGAUGCUGAUCAUGUCGGCGGUAGUCGACACGCCAGGCAGCAACCUGCUGCCGCAUAUGGACACGCUGAUGAAGGUCCUCGAUUACGUUCUGCUGUUGAGGUCGACCGACGGCAACAAGCUGGCCUGCCACCUGCUCAAGUGCAUCCUCACGUCCCUGUCGACGAUCACACCGUACCAGUACAGGUCCACCAAGAGGAGCUACAACGACCCCGACUAUCCGUACGUUCGUGACUGGGGCCAAAGCGCGGACGUCAAUACCUUCGACAUCAAAUGGUACAUCCCCGGCGAGGAGGAGAUCGCAACUAUACAACGAAUAUUCGCGAGAUACCUGACGGUGCAGAUCGACAAGCUCAGGAGCUACUGCGCGGACUCCAGCACGUUGUCCAGGGAACAGCUGUUCGUCUGCCUGAAUAUCGUAUGCGGCAUUAUCCGAGGCUCCGAGACCAUUCUGCCGAUAUGGGAGGAAACGCCGCUCGAAUUGGUGAAGUCCUCCUUCAAGUGGACGUCCAUGAUGCCCACGUACGGGAUGAAAGGGUACGUCACCAUGCCCGACGGUAGCAACGUCAGGCAUUACAUCGCCGGAGUUAUGAGCGAGGUCCAACGGGCGAUGCUUGAAAAUGCGGCGGACAACACGAAGAGUUUCUUCGCGUUGAUACGGAUUUGGGGUAGUUUGUUGCUGGGGAGGAUACGGCUGCGCGAUUCGCACGACGGUAGACGGAAGAACUUCCAAAUGGCGAAGAGGAUGUUCGAGGACCGAUUGGUGAAGAAUAAAGGCGCGAUGGGCCCGAUAUUGUUGGAGCGUUGCGACAUCCAGCACGAGGCGCGAAUGUUCGCGCAAUCGGUCGCCCUGACGGAGACCCACAAGCGCAUCAUGUUGGAGCUGUUCACGCUCGGUAUAAGCAGAUACUCGGACGUGCGUUUGAAGGCGCAGUCGAGCCUCUUCUCCGCCCUCAAGUAUUUCCCGUACUCCUACACGUUCAUAGUGCCCCGUCUAAUCGACGUUCUGGGGAAAGACACCGAGGAGCAUCACGACGCCUAUAAGGGUGUCCUGUACAUGUUAUUCGGGCCGCAGUUUGAUCCCAUAAUCACAGUGGAGAACUGGAGCACGUUGCAAACACUGUGGCCGGCGAUCGUGCUGUCCAAGCCAUCGGAGAAGCUCUCUGUGAUCCGCCUGAAGGAAAACAUCGUCGACACUGUGAGUAAGUACUUCAUCACGAUCACCAUCGAGCUCGAGAUGCCCGACUCGUGCCUGACCGCUGCGCGCGCCCUGUGGCAACACUUCCCCCGGCCGGCCGCGCCCCAGCCCGACGAGGACGAGAUACGGGAGGGCGUGCUUAACCUGAAGCGAUUCAGCGAGUCCAAUCUGGCGGCGUACAACGGUCUGCUCGACGAGCUGCUGCGCUGCAUACUCGAGGAGUCCCUGCACUGGCGGCACAGGCUGAUGGCGAUGAGCUUCAUACAGGACCUGGUGCAUCCGAAUCAAGUUUACUCCGCGAAAAUCGUGCGUUGCUUCCUGCAAGCGCUCGUGCACGAUUCCCUGGAAGAGAGGAAGAUCGCCAUCAAGGUGGUGGUGUUCAUGCUGAAACAGCAGAAGCGGAAACACCCGAAGGUGACGAUCGACCGGCGCAGCCUGUCGAAGAGCAGCUGCGCGCCGAGCGAGGACGACGGGGGGAGCGUCGUGCCCGGCAUGAGAGCGGACAACUCUUGGCUCCAGUACAACCAGCAGACUCGGCCGCUGACCGGCGAGCAGUGGGACGAGUCCAGGUACGUUCAUCUGCCGUACGUCGGCUAUUACGUCUGGCCGAAGGUCUUGGAGGUGUACGCGCCUUCGUGCGAGCAGCCCUGCCUCGACCCGGACGUGCGCGAAUUAACCGACUGCGAGAGGGAGGUCGACCUCUUCUUCGGCGAUCCGCAGAACGUGAAGAAGCUGAUCGAUUACCUCAGCCUGGAGGAGAAGAAGGGCAAGGACAAGUUCAACGCGUACAGGUGCUUCCUGUUCAAAGGCCUGUUCCGUAACCACGGUAUCGUGCACCUCGUGCACUUCCUGCCGCACCUGCAGCGGCUGGUGACGGACAAGCACGAGAGCAGCCAGCGAUGCGCCGCCGAGAUCACAGCCGGGAUCAUACGCGGCGCCAAGUACUGGCCGUUCUCCAUCACCCGCGAGAUGUGGCGGUCGCUGUUGCCGAUCGUGCGGACCGCCCUCUCGAAUCUCACGGAGGAGACCAUCGUCGACUGGGGUAUGUGCUUCGCCACGGCGAUGCAACGCCGCGACCCGAACCGGCACCACUGGCUGCUGGAGUGUCUGAUGGAGGAGGCGCCCCUGCGAGACUCGGAGUCUUCCUUCGUCGAGUGCGGCCGCCUCUACGUUCUGCAGAGCACCCUGAACCAGCAGCCGUGGCGGGUGACCGAGCUGCUGCGCCGUCUACUGCUGCGUCUGGAGAACCGGCUGCUCACCAACCCUUUCCAGAACGUGAGGGAGCGGCUGGGCUCGGUACUGAUCACCGUGUUCGACGCCGACCUCAGCUUCCCGCGGCGGUGGCGCGACGCGACCACGCCGCGCGCCCAGGAGCUGAUCGACAAGAUCGUGCCGAGGCUGGAGCGACUGGUGGUCGAGGACGACGACGCGCCCGUGAUGAACGGCAGCCGUGGCAAUUGCGAGAAGGAGGACAGCCUGUCGGAGAAGGUGGCCAGUGUGUCGUUCGACGAGACGAGACGCCAGUCGUCGUCGUCACGCGUCGUGGAAACGCCCCUCAGGACGGAGGAGCAGGAGAUGCCUCGACGGUUGCUGAAGACCGUGUGCAAAUGGAUCACCGGUAGCGUGUCGCGUUCGGCGUACAGCGCGACGCCGGGAUUCUACCAGAUAUUCCCGGUGGUCUGUCAGUUGGAGAGCUCGGAGGCGGACGAGGAACUGAGGAAGUCGUGUCUGUACACCCUCGCGAGCCUCGCCCAAGCCUUCACCCUGCCGGAGGACAUGCCGACGGCGUUGACCUCCGUGAAAGCGAUAUCCGAGCGAGCCUCCUGGUCGGCCAGAUUCACCAGUCUGGAGUUCCUCCAAGUUCUGGUCUUCCACAACAUGAGCAUCGUUCUCAGCAACGCCUCCUGGGUCGACAUGGUCGAAAGCAUCGUCCUACGCUUGCUGGAGGACGAGCGUCUGGAGGUCAGGGAGAAGGCCAGUCAGGUGCUCGGCGGCCUCUUGCACUGCACCUUCGUCGAGGAUCAGGAGAAGCUGCUGGAGGAGUUCAAGAGAAAGGCGAGGACCCGAUUGCGCAAGAAGAACAGUCCCGUCGACGAGGAUGCGCCGGGAAACGCGAAGAUCGACGCGAUACGCGUACGUCACGGCGGCGUCCUCGGACUGUGCGCCUUCAUUCGCGCUCAUCCGUACGACGUGCCCAAGUACAUACCCCCGGUCUUCGAGCAUCUCGGACUUCAUAUGAACGAUCCGCAGCCUAUACCGAUGACAAUAAGGAAGACACUGAGUGAUUUCAAGAGGACGCAUUACGACGGCUGGACGGGCAUGAACGGCCACGCGCAGCACUUCACGGAGGAGCAGCUGGCCGUCCUGCAGGAUCUAACGGUGCCGCCGUCGCAUUACGCUUGAUUAAGGGAGAUUAAGCCGUAUAUAGUACAAUCUUCGCAAUAUCUCAACGCGGACGUGAAAAACUGGCGAACAUUAAUUAAUUACAAUCGUCCGGGAGAGAAAUGUAGCCGUUAAAUAUCGAACGAAUGACACCUUGAAAUAUGUCAAUAUGUACUUUUCACUUUCCGUUCUUCUACUUUUUCGCAUGUAAGGGAUUAUUAACGCCUUCGCAGGAUGGACGAUGACGCGAAAGUAAUCGAAUGCGCGAAUGUGACUAAAUGUCCCCUCCUCCCCCCCCCCUCCCGGAGUUUUAACCGAUAUUUGUAUGUAUUGUAUGUAUGUAUGUGUAGUUAACGUCCGGAUCAUCAUCCAAGGCCUAUUUGUAACUUAAAUACUUCCGGAGGUGUGAAGAAAACACGAGUGUUCACGCAAUAAAGUUUAAGGUGAAAAUUUAUUCAGACGCAGCACCAUCAGUCGAGAAGCUUUCGAUCGAAUUUUGUCACACGUGUUUAAAGCAGAGGGGGGGAAUGGAGUUCAAUUUUUCUUUUUUACUAAUAUAUAGAACUUUGUUAAGCACAACCACUGUAUGUGUGUGUGUGUGUGUGUACGUGUGUAACUUGACAUAAAUGUGAUUAUUUUUUAUAAACGUGCUUUUAAGCUUUAAGGCUCCGGAGUGGUCAGCACGAGAACUCCGCGGAAUUGAAAGUAGCGACACAGUUCAAAACGGACGAAAAGAUGAACCAAUAGAGGUGCGUCUAGCAAGCGCUACAAAUCAGCAUCGAAGCGUUUCUCUUUCUGUUUAUCUAUUUUUCGGGUCCGAAUAAAGGAGAAACGCUUCGAAGCACUUUAUAGCGCUUAUCAUCUGGACUGUGCUUAAACGCGUGAUGAGUGACGCGUUGACAAUGAAAUUUCAUUGUUGCGUGCCAUUUCAUUGUUGUUUGUUUAAUUGUGCCAGGUGUGAUUUGUGAUAUGUAUUUGUUAAAUCCGUAAAAAUGGACGAAAACCACAAUCAGCCUGGAAUUUUAUACAUAUGAGCGAUACUUUUCCACUCCUUUCGACAGCUGUGAAAUCUCGUGUGUCCCACGUGAAUAAGGGCUUUAUUUCGCGUACCUUUUACGGCUAUUUAUUUAUUGUUCGAGGAGGGAGGGGGAGAGUUUUCGUCCAUUUUCACAAGUAUCUUCAAGCGAUUUCAAAUCUGUCGUUUUACCUGAAUAUCUUUUUACUUACUAAAUGGCACGCAUCGUUUCUCAAUCUGCGUCAUUUCUCGCCCUCGUUACGUCACGAAUCCAAUAUGGCCGCGGCGACUAUUCCCCGGAGCCUUUUAACGAAACUUCUCACCGUGUUUUUUACACAAACGCAAUAUUAUCGUAGACCUUUAUACUUUCUAUGAACUGUUAUAUUUCCAGUGGUAUAAAAAUAUCAUGGACAACCUCGUUUUUCUUCGAAGUAACAUUUA